ACUGGAAGUGGAAGCGUACUCAUCAGAGAAGUCAGAAAGGGAGGAGAGCCGUCGCCGCCGUGGGAUGUCGCCGUCGUCGUCGUCGUCGAGCACGGGGCCGAUGGGGGUGGCGGUGUCGCCGGAGGUGGAAGCGGCGCUGGCGCGCGGCGGCGCGGUCGUCGCCCUCGAGUCCACCAUCAUCUGCCACGGUAUGCCCUACCCGAAGAAUCUCCAGACCGCCAUGGAGGUGGAGGCCGUCGUGAGGGAGAACGGGGCGGUUCCUGCCACCAUAGCCAUUCUGAACGGCGUGCCACAUGUUGGCCUUAGCGGCGAGCAAUUGAAGAGCUUGGCUGUAAGUGGAAGACAGUUUCAGAAGACGGCUAGAAGGGAUAUUGCACAUGUUGUGGCCUCUGGUGGUAAUGGUGCAACAACAGUUUCUGCCACUAUGUUUUUCGCUCAUAAGGUUGGCAUACCAAUUUUCGUAACUGGAGGGAUUGGAGGUGUUCAUAGAAAUGGUGAACAGACCAUGGACAUCUCCUCAGACUUAACUGAACUUGGAAAGACUCCUGUCACUGUUAUUUCAGCUGGUGUGAAAUCUAUUUUGGACAUACCACGGACACUUGAGUACUUGGAAACUCAAGGAGUAACGGUUGCUGCUUACAAAACCAAUGAAUUUCCUGCUUUCUUUACAGAAGUCAGCGGAUGUAAGGUGCCAUGUCGCGUUGAUUCUCCCGAAGAGUGUGCCAAGAUAAUAUAUGCAAACAAGAAUUUACAUCUAGGAUCUGGGAUUUUGAUUGCUGUGCCGAUUCCCAAGGAACAUGCAGCUUCAGGAAAUGCUAUAGAGUCUGCAAUACAGAAAGCCCUCAAGGAAGCAGAGUAUUGUCCUUACUCCCAACCUCCUGCUCUCUCACUUUAUCUUUUCUGUGUAUUUGUGAUACUAACAGAAAUGAUAUCUAAUGACUUUCUAUGUUGUUUCAGGGAUAAAAAUAUAAUAGGCAACGCGAUCACUCCCUUCAUGCUUGACAGAGUGAAAGUACUAACUGGACGAUCUUCGCUAGAAGCCAAUAUUGCGCUUGUAAAGAACAAUGCUCUUGUUGGUGCUAAAAUUGCUGUGGCCCUUUCUGAUCUUCACCAGAGAGUAACAAACAGAUUUCGGAGGUCUGCCUUAUAGAGUGCAUGUACAAAGGCAAGCGAGGUCUGAAACAUGGGGCAUCCUAUUCAUCCUCACAAUGUAUGCUUGUACAACUAGUUGGAAACUUGUAGCUUCAUCCUUUUCUGGCACUAUAUAAAUGAAACCUGAGGUGCGAGUGCAUGAUUUGUAGCGAGAUUUGCUACUGUAGACUUAAAUUAGUACAUUCCACUCCAGCAUAACGUGUUCUUCACUUUUUCGGGCGUGUUCUUCACUUUUUUGUUAAUCUGAUCUUCUGCUUUCACCUUGAAAACUUGAAAUUAAUUUGAACUGGGCAUUCAGUCCUCCUAUUUGGAGUGCA